AUGUAUGACAACAUCUCUGAUUUCACAAGAUAUGAUGACGACCAUGACCCCGAACACGGUGAAGAAGAAGUUUUACAAACAUCCAUUAAGACAGGAAAGGUUUUAACUCAAAGUCUCAUUAUUGACACCAAAGAUGGCGAAGUAGACGUUCUUCAAGAGCUGAAGAAAAAUACUUCUGAAGGAGGUGGUGGUAGGCAUGAACUUGAAAUAAAUGAGAUAGAAGAGAAAUUAGCCGAAAAAGCAGAUAAAAACCAUGUUCAUUAUAUAAGUUCAGACGAACAGAUUAUAACGGACUACCAUGGAUAUUUAACACAGGAUGAACAAAUAAGCACCGAAGAUGUUAAUGAAAGAAGAUAUAAAUUCAUUCGUGCUAAAGGUUAUGACAUACACUGUACUGUACAGUAUGACACAGGUAAAGCACCAGAAGCAUUUGGUUAUAACGAUGAAAUAUAUGCUUCAUACUUCUCUGUUAACGGUGUAUUAGUUGAACCAAGAUUUACUUUGAGAGUUAAGGCAAAAAUAACUUUUGAAGAUGCUAUUAAAAGUAAAGCUGACAAAGAUGAACUUGACGCAACGAACAAAGUUUUGAAAUCUCAUAAACACAAUAUCUCCGAUAUAAAUGAACUUCAAGCUACAUUA